AUGAACAAAGUUAGAGUUAAAAUUAAGAAGUCUAAAUUUCUAAAACAACAUAUCAAUAAGAACAUCGAGAGUUUCCAAAAGGGAUUAUUUGACACACCACGGAAAGGGACCAGCCUUAGACCUAGUGUUGAUGAAUGGGCAGAAGCAGCUGCUCUCUCAAGCAGCAGACAUCAUGGAGAAUCCUUGGGGAAAAAAAUGAGGAGCCUGGCUCAUCUCUUUGAUAGUUUGGGCAUGACCUACAGAAGAGAUGUUAAACUUUACACCUCAGGACACUUAAAUCAUAGCAAGCUUUGUAAGACUUCAGAGAAAAUAAAACAGGGAUGAUUGUACUCUGCCAGGAAACAAACUAGUUUCGUGACAGAAAGAAAUCAAUCCCCAGCCGAAAAUGAGAGAGCAAGGAAGAUGAAAAGAUUUUCAGGUAACUUUUGUUCUAGCAUCCCUCUGCUUCCAGCACAAGGUGAAUUUUCCUGCCCUAAUAACAGACGUCCCCAGUCACCUGUGACCAGCAUUGGUAUCUCAGCAGAUUUUUCUACUCUGCUGGAAAUGUUAAAGUUUAAAGCUCUUAAAAAGAGUAGAGAGGGAACUGACAGCCUCCAUAUGUGUCUCAAAAGAGCUGAGUUAGAUGUGUCAGAGAUUUUGGUGCUGAAAAACAAACAAGUUAAGAACAGACAACAGUGUGUUAUGGAGCAUGCCAAGGAUGAGUAUCAGUUCAUUCUUUCAGACUUGGAUGGUGUAACUAAAAGUGAAUAUUUUAACAAGUUUCUGUAUUUCCAGAAGGAGUUCAUAGCAAGGCAUGACCUGUUACAGAAUGAUUUCAGAGGGACCAAAGCAUCAGAGAAGCAUGAAAGAAAGCUGGCUAAGGAGCUCCAGAGAAUAUAUAGCUGUGAUCCCCUCCAUUACAAGUGAUGACAGGUUGUCAAGGAAGUAUUUGAAGACAUAUGCUACAGUUCUCUGAUAUUUGUUGAUAUUCAAAAGAAAUUAAGAUAG